CAAUGGUGGUCGAUGUUCUGUGAUACGACUACGUUUUUUUUUUGUUUACAUGUUACAAAAAUUAUUUUAAAACAUGGUUUAUAAGUUUUGUUUAUAUCGUUUCUAAUUUCUAGUUUCUUUGCGUUCAGUGGUCAACCAAGAUGUCUAGCAGUUCAGUCGAAGACAUACCAGAGCAAUGUAGGGACCUAUUCACACAAGAUGGAGUGCUUCUCAAGGCUUGCAUGGGCCGCUCCAUCAGUGACCUCAACUCAAUUGGCAUGCUCUGCAUUGUCCAGAAUACAGACUCCUCAAAAUGUAUUGAGUGGAGACCCAACGACCUCAUCACUAUCGAUUCAGAUACACAAGAUCAAGAAUGGGCUGUUGUUAAUACAAUUGGUCGCCGCCAAAGAACUCUCAGCGGUAACAUGACAUCCGAUUACGCUGCAGCUCGUGCACGCAUAAUAAGGAUACCGAUACGCGAUCUAAAAACCUUCAAAUGCUCGCGCAACAAUCAACAGAUGCAGUUCUCAACCAAACCGGGCGUCUGGCACAACACGUUCUACUUCCAACACGGCAACGCGGAGAUCUUCGUCUCAAACUUAAAGAACCACGUCAAAACGGCAAAAACUAGGCACGACAGAAACACGUACGUCGUCGUGGAACCGAACCUAGAGUCGCAAGAGUUGAACAGAUCGUUUGCAGAGUUGGAUAUAUUCACAGAGAACACCACGGAUGUCGUGUGGAAUUUCGUUUCCAACUUCAAGCAGAGGCCGUACGCCACCACUAUGGAGGCCUUCUCUAAACUCAAUGAUAUUGUCAUUCAAUUUCUAGUUUACUACGGGAACGAAACUAUGAAUGGCAAACGUGACGUAUCAGAGGAGGUGGCUGAUCUUUUAACGAAGAGUAUGAGCGCUUUGGAAGACGCCACUUCGGUCACUCGCAGUGAUGAAUACGAGGUGAUAAAUGUUAAACCCACCCUGCCACCGAGACCUUGUAUACCGAGGGGUACGCCGCUGAGCACGGAAAAGUGGGAGGGAUUGCACGACACGGAAGGAAGAAUUACCGAGGUGGAAGGGGUUAAACAACUUAUAUUUAGAGGGGGUGUGGCACAUUCAAUACGCCAUUCGGUCUGGAAAUACCUUCUGGACUAUUACCCAUGGAGAAUGACGCACGCCGAAUUAAAAGUACUCCAGAAGAAGAGGACAGAGGAAUAUUUCUCCAUGAAACUCCAAUGGCGGUCUAUGACUGAAGGUCAAGAGGCGAGAUUCUCGGAGUAUAGAGACAGAAAGAGUUUAGUAGAAAAAGACGUGAACAGAACCGACAGAACUCACCCCUUCUUCGCGGGGGACAAUAACCCCAAUUUGAUAGUCCUCCAAGACAUCUUGAUGACGUACGUGAUGUACAACUUCGACCUUGGCUACGUGCAAGGCAUGAGCGAUAUCCUCGCGCCACUUUUACUACUCUUGGGCAACGAGGUGGACAGCUUUUGGUGCUUCGUCGGGUUUAUGGAUAAAAUCGCGUCGAACUUCGAUAUGGAUCAAGCUGGUAUGAAACAGCAACUGCUGAAUUUACAACUGCUCCUAACGUUCGCGAGUCCGGAGUUGGCGCGGCACGUCGCGUCCAAGGACUCGGGGAACAUGUAUUUCUGCUUCCGGUGGCUGCUGGUUUGGUUCAAGAGGGAGUUCUCGCACGCGGAUAUCAUGAGGCUAUGGGAAGUGCUGUGGACGGGUUUGCCGUGCGCCAACUUCCAUUUGCUGAUCUGCGUCGCCAUCCUCGAUGCGGAGAAAGAUGUGCUCAUCAGUAAGGAUUUUGGCUUCACAGAGAUACUGAAGCAUGUAAACGACCUCUCAAUGUGCCUGGACGUAGACCGAAUACUGAGCACAGCGGAAGGCAUUUACCACCAGAUCAUAUCAGCACCGCACUUGACAGACCAGAUCGGAGUGAUCCUAGGCAUCCCCACAGUGAGCGCUAAGGCCGAGCCGGAGGCGGAGUCCGAGCCAGAGGCGGAGCCGGACGAAGGGGCAGUCAACGGUAAUAAUGUGACCUACAACCCGGACAUGGAAGAAGUUACACUCGAAUAUAAUGGUCUGCAAAUAUCUGUAGUGACGAAAACAGUAUGGGCGCUUUUGGCGUAGACACGAUGUGUAUAAAUAAGUAUAUAAUACCGUAACCGACUUUGAUAAGGUUUGUAGAUAUUUUGAAAUUAUUCCAUUUCUGACAUUAGUGAAGAUAGUUUGUUUUGAAAUACCAUAUAUUUUUUGUCUAUGGUGUGUUGAAAUACAUAAAUGAAAAAAUUUACCAUACCAUGGAUAAAAAAGGAAGGUCGCUUACGCGUUGUGUUAGCUUUGUCCCUUUUUGAAGUCGGUUAAAAUCGGAAAUAUAACAGUAUAGACUGGAAGGAAGAGUGAUAAUUUUCUAUUUUUAUAACAAAGCACAGCAUAGUUUUUUUAUUACUAUCAGCAAUAAAUAAUUGAAGGGUGCAGGGGGGAAAAUUGAUAUGUCACAGAAAUCUUGUCUACCCCCUCAGAUCAGACCCAAGUAUUAGCCUGAUUUGAUGAUGAUGAACUGGCGAAUUAAUGGCGGCAAAUUUC